AUGGCCUGUGCGACGAGGCACAACGCCACGAAAGUGAUGUAUCUGAUAUGCCCCGGACGUGCCCAGUUAGCAAGGCGAUCAACGCGUCGCGUAACGAAACAUACAGAGCCUCAGCCUCCAGAGAGAAGCCCCGAACCUCCCCGAAAAAAGGACCUGAACUCGCAAGGCGAGGAGCAAGGCUGGUUAUAUCCAGCCACCGAGAUUGAAAGGGCGGUGGCCAUCACAUCUCUCGAUACCCAGCCCAGCCAUUGA